ACCGGUUUAAAAAAAAAACAAUAUCUUCAUUUCCUUCUCUUCUCCCUCCACAGAGUCGUCGGAGAAGAGAAAAAGAAACAAUGAAUCUUCCGUUGACCUUAAUCACAUCACUCCUCUUCUUCACUUCCGCCAUAGCCGAAACUGAAACCACAAAGUUCCCAUGCCAACCUCCUCACCACAGCUCCUACCCCUUCUGCGACGCCUCUCUCUCCACAGCACAUCGAGCUCAAUCCCUCGUCUCGCUCCUCACUCUCCCGGAGAAGAUCGGGCAGCUCUCCAACACGGCCGCCUCCGUGCCACGCCUCGGCAUCCCUCCCUACGAGUGGUGGUCCGAGUCUCUCCACGGCCUCGCCGACAACGGCCCCGGCGUCUCGUUCGUCGGCCCGAUCUCCUCCGCCACGAGCUUCCCUCAGGUGAUCGUCUCCGCGGCGUCGUUCAACAGGACGCUGUGGCGCGAGAUCGGAUCCGCCGUGGCGGUGGAAGGGAGGGCGAUGUACAACGGCGGUCAGGCGGGGCUGACCUACUGGGCUCCGAAUAUUAAUGUGUUUAGGGAUCCGAGGUGGGGGAGAGGGCAGGAGACUCCUGGGGAGGAUCCUAAGGUUGUUUCUGAGUAUGGUGUUGAGUUCGUUAGAGGGUUUCAGGAAAUUAAGAAGAAGAGUAAGGUUUUGAAUAACAGAUUUGGUGAUGAUGAUGGUGAUGAGAAGCUUAUGUUGUCUGCUUGUUGCAAGCAUUUCACUGCUUAUGAUCUUGAGAAAUGGGGAAACUUUACUAGAUACGACUUCAAUGCUGUGGUCACAGACCAGGACAUGGAAGACACAUAUCAGCCCCCAUUUGAGAGUUGUAUUAGAGAUGGUAAAGCUAGCUGCUUGAUGUGUUCAUAUAAUGCAGUAAAUGGGGUGCCUGCUUGUGCACGAGAAGACUUAUUACAGAAAGCUCGAGUUGAAUGGGGAUUCAAAGGGUACAUUACAUCAGACUGUGAUGCUGUGGCCACCAUUUUCGAGUACCAAGGAUACACAAACUCAGCGGAGGAAGCUGUUGCUGAUGCAAUCAAAGCAGGGGUGGAUAUAAAUUGUGGAACGUACAUGGUUAGGCACACACAAUCUGCCAUCGAUAAAGGGAAAGUGAGCGAAGAACAAAUAGACAGAGCUCUCCUAAAUCUCUUUGCUGUUCAACUUCGUCUUGGACUUUUUGACGGUAAUCCAAAAGAAGGACAUUACGCAACUUUAGGAUCAAAUGAUAUUUGUAGCUCAACCCACAGGGAGUUGGCAUUAGAAGCAGCAAGACAAGGGAUUGUGCUUCUGAAAAACGAUCACAAGCUGUUGCCUUUGAAGAAAAACCAUGUGUCUUCUUUAGCAAUCAUUGGUCCAAUGGCAAACAAUAUAAGCAAUAUGGGCGGCACUUAUACAGGAAAGCCGUGUCAACGGAAGACUCUGUUCACGGAACUUCUUGAGUAUGUAAAGAAGACAUCUUAUGCGUCUGGUUGCUCUGACGUUGCUUGUGAUUCCGCCACCGGGUUUGGUGAAGCUGUUGCCAUCGCCAAGGGAGCAGAUUUUGUCAUAGUUGUUGCAGGAUUAGACCUCACUCAAGAAACAGAGGAUAAGGAUCGAGUUAGUCUUUCUUUGCCUGGCAAACAGAGAGAUCUUGUGUCUUCCAUUGCAGCUGUGAGUAAAAAGCCAGUGAUUCUAGUUCUAACCGGUGGAGGACCAGUGGAUGUAACCUUUGCUAAAACCGACCCGAGGAUCGGAAGCAUCAUCUGGAUUGGUUAUCCAGGUGAAACCGGUGGACGAGCACUAGCUGAAAUCUUAUUUGGUGAUUUCAAUCCAGGUGGAAGAUUGCCAAUGACGUGGUAUCCUCAGUCAUUCACCGAGGUUGCAAUGUCGGAUAUGCACAUGAGAGCUGAUUCAUCUCGUGGAUAUCCAGGAAGAACGUACAGAUUCUAUACCGGACCUCAGGUCUACAAAUUCGGAACCGGUUUAAGCUACACCAACUUCGAUUACAAGAUUAUUUCAGCACCAACCAGACUUGGCUUAUCAGAACUUGUUCCACAGUCUUCACACAAGAAACUGCUUCUCCAAAAGGGAGAAGAUCAGCUCCGGUACUUACAGCUGGACGAUUUGGAGGUUAACUCUUGUGAGUCUCUUCGGUUUGACGUGCGGUUCAGCGUGAGCAAUACCGGAGAGAUGGACGGUAGUCAUGUGUUGAUGUUGUACUCCAGAAUGCCUCAGGUUUUGUCUGGUGUUCCUGAGAAACAGCUGAUUGGUUUUGAACGUGUUCAUGUUCGUUCCAGUGAGAUGGUGGAUGCAGUGUUCGUGAUAGAUCCUUGCAAGCACCUCAGCGUUGCGAAUGAUGUUGGGAAGAGAGUGAUUCCUCUGGGGGCUCAUGUCUUGUUAUUGGGAGAUCUACAGCAUUCUCUGUCUCUUGAAUUCUAAAUGAUUGUUUUAACUUUUAAGCAAACUGUCAUUGACAUGUUCUUUAAGUUAACAGUUGAACCACCUGUAUUGGUUAUUGUGAGUUGUCCACUUUUCGUUGUGA